AUGGGCGCGGCUGACCCGACUUAUCCCCUCUUCCCCAUCGCCAGCUUCCUCGCUGCAGCGCUCCUUCUGCUCAUCCUGUUAUCCAGAUUCGUCCGCCAGAACUGGAACCUCGGGGUCUGCUUCCUAAGUUUCUGGCUCUUUGUAGUAAACGUCAUCAGCGGCAUGAAUGCCAUCAUAUGGUCAGACAGCAAUGAGAUCAAGCUGUACAUCUAUUGCGACAUUGUGUCUCAUCUGCAAUUGAUGAGCUUCACGGUUCAGUCGUCCGCAACGCUGAUCAUUAUUCGCCGGUUAUACACCAUCGCCAGCGUUCAAUCCGUCGAACCUCCUAGUGGAACAGCUAAACAAUGGGAUGUGAGUAUAGAAUGGAUACUAGGUUUCCUGUUUCCUAUACUGGUUGCUGGGCCCUUAUAUUAUGUGGUACAGGCCGCCCGCUUCGGAGUCGUGUCAGUCCAGGGAUGCGUGUAUAUCAUCGACGAUUCAGGGCUGUCGUACCUACUUCUUUACACCUGGCCCAUCCUGUUUCCGCUAAUUUCGAUACUAGUCUACUACCCGAAAGUUGCCUACACAUUCUACCGCCACAACAGGGAUGUCAACCGCUAUCUACGCACGAAUAACACAAUCACACACUCCACCUACUUCCGCGUUCUCACCCUGGCCAGCAUUGAUAUCCUUGUCACUCUACCGCUUGGUGUGACAGUGUUCGCAUUCGCGAUGGUGUCGGACCGUCCGACUUGGAAGCCGCUCUACCCCGGCUGGGACUAUGUGCAUGUACACUGGGCACCAUACAGCUUUCCCGACGAUGCAAAAGCCGCGCGACCUGUCGCGUUGGCCAGCAAGUUCUUCUUCCUGUGGAAGCCGCCUGCACUCGCCUUUGUGAUCUUCAGCCUCUUUGGUCUGACGGGAGAGGCCAUUGAGUCUUACUGCCAGGCUCUGCGUUACAUCGGCCUUUGCCUCUGCUUCAAGCAGAAGGUAACCUCCCGGAAGCAGGGUGAUCUCGAUCCUUCAGCCCUUGCGGCGAUCGAGCUCGAGAGGCAUCCACAAGAAACCGCGCAGACUGCGACCAUAGUUCGAGCCGGCUCCAUCACUGCCUCGUCUGAGGCGGAGCAGUGGGGAAACAAACGCGUCCAUUCUGUUUAG